CUGUGGUACUAUACUAGACCCCAAGCUUUAACAAAUGUCAUAUUGUACUAUUUCACCGCCAUAUUCCCUACUGAAUAUUUAUUUUCAAUUGCAGUGUUUAUACUUGUUUGUUAAAAUUAUGUAGACAAAAUGACAACUGAGAAUAUUGCAUCGAAGUCAUCCGUUCCUACGGGCCGUGCUCCUGGCUCACAGAAGUUGACAGACAAUGAGCCGUUAACAAGGAAUGAUGCUCAUUUCUUUUGCGGAGCUGGUGCUUCUGCAAUCAAUAUCAUUGUUACGUUUCCGAUCAAUAAAAUUAUGUUUCGUCAACAACUUUUUGGAUUUAGAAUGAACAAAGCUGUUAAGCAGAUUACACACGAAGGAUUUAUCAAUUUAUAUCGGGGAUUACCUGCUCCAUUAUUACAAAAAUCAAUUUCAACGGCACUUAUGUUCGGAUUAUAUCAUCAAUCGUAUCAGAAAAUGACGACCGAAUGGAAUAUAAAUGAACAUUUGGCGAUGUUAUAUGCCUCCUUUUUUGCAGGAGCGUGUGAAUCAACGUUAACACCGUUUGAAAGAGCACAGGUGCUGCUUUUAACUCCAAAACACCAUGAUACGUUCAAAAGUACGUUCCACACAAUGGCAACAUUGCAUAAUUACAGCGGAUUGAAAGAGUAUUAUAGAGGCCUAAGUGCUAUUUUUAUAAGAAACGGGUUCUCAAAUGCGAUAUUUUUUGGGCUUCGAAAACCGAUUAAAACCAUGUUACCUCACGCUGAAGAAAAGACUAUACAAAAUUCUCUCAAUGAUUUUAUAAGCGGUGCCGUGAUUGGUGCUUUAUGCAGCACAAUGUUUUAUCCAAUUAAUGUUGUUAAAACAAGAAUGCAAUCUAAUGUCGGAGGAAAGUUUGAAUCCUUAUCAAAAACAUUUGUAAUUAUUUAUAAUGAACGAAACAAAGACUGGAGUAAAUUUUUCAGGGGUUGUCAUAUCAAUAUUGCACGUUCAUUUAUUUCAUGGGGAAUUAUUAACGCCUCGUUUGAAAUGCUUAUGAAAACAUUUUAUGGAAAAUCGUAGAGAAUUGUAUUUUAUUUACAAGUCCUUCAAGCUGUCAUUUGGCUGCUCUAUAGUUUUGCAAGGGUGUUUCAUUUUUCUUGUUAAUGGAUAUUCCAUGAUAAUGGAAUAUAUUAGCUGUCAGUAUGUAAUUGGUUGAUCGAGUCCUUUACCUAAAGUCAAUGUCAGUUGAGCGAACUUGUAAAACUAUAUGUCGAUCCCAGUAUGUCACUUUUCCCCAUGUGACGGCCGACCAGUGCCAUUUCUAUAACCAAAUCUUAUGGAAAACAUUUUUUUGUGAUUUUUUUCCUCAGCAAAAUCUAUUUAUUGCAGUCCUUUUCAGCCGACGUUUUUGGAACCCUAGCGCCAAACCUCUUGGAGUGGAAUGUGUCAAUAGUUUGCCAAUUGCUCAGUACCUAUUUUAAUGGAACAGUGUUAUCUGCUCUGACAACUAGGUAUUUAAAAUGAUUGAACAUCAUGGAGCCAUGAUCUGAAAAUUUGUGAGUGAAAUGCAACCAGAAGGGUCCUUUAAUUUCUUGUUUUUUUUAUCUUCAGUAAUAACUUUUCAUUUUUAUUGUUGGAGUGUCCAACAAAGAUGUUUUUCGAAAUAAUUGUUAAUAGGGUUGAGUAGAACAGUGGUCUCGACCCUUUUUUUUCAAGCGACCCAAAUUUUCUAAAAAAAAAAUUUUGUAAAAUCUUGCGACUCAAAGAUGUGCUCAAAUACUCAAUUCAAUAUAGCGUUUAUCAUUUAUUGCCGACUAAUAAAAAAACAAUGAUCUUUACAUAAUAUUGAGCAACACUUCAAUACCAAAUAAACAAUAAAAUUAAUAACUCCAAAUUUUUGUUUAAAAAAGCGACCCAAGAAAAUUUUCAGGCGACCCAGUUUUGAGUCGCGACCCAUAGGUUGGCAAACACUAUAGAGUAGAAGAAGCCACCUGUAAUUCGUCCUUUUUCUUUCAACUUUAUUCUUAUUUUAUUUAUAGACUAUGUUGAUUAGUCAGUGUGAACUUUGCAUGGUGGUAUUGAAAUGCACUGUGAUUAUAAAGAAACUCGUCAAGAUUUGAUUUUAUGUGUGAUUGUGAUAAUAAAAGACUUAUAAAAAAGUA